AGCAGUGGUGUACCAAUGACGUGUUAUUUGUUAACUCAACACCAAUCAAUCCGAACUGAUUAACAAUCUUUUCUUUUCAAGCUGAAAUGUAUUAUUUACAAAUAUCUACUCCAACGUAUUUAAAAACACAAUUAUAAUCAAACAGAAAAUCUAUAAUUGUUAGCUAAAGGUAGCGUAAAUUUUACUGUAUUUUAAAACCUCAACAUUUUAUUAUAAAGCAUUUUUACAUAAACAAAAAUAAAUAAUUUAAAAUAUUGCCAUGUUAUGUUUGUUGUUGUUGUCUAGUCAGAAACUGUCAAUCGGAUAAGUUGGCGAUCCAGAAUGCCUUCGAUAGUUGAUUACUUUUCAUCCAGGCAUGGCUCCUGCGGAUACUGCAAGUCCACUGACACCAGCCAGAAUUACAGCAUGUGGGCCCAUGUCAUCACAGCACAGGACUACCAGGAUCUCAUCGACAGGGGCUGGAGAAGGAGUGGGAAGUACUGCUACAAGCCAAACAUGAAGGCAACUUGUUGUCCACUCUACACUAUCAAGUGCGACGCGACUGAAUUCAAACCUUCUAAAUCUCAGAAGAAAUUGCUAAAAAGAGUUUCAAAAUAUCUCAUGGACGGAAAACGUAACGAGUGUCCGAACGACAGUUUAGAAGACGAAACCCCAGUUCCAAAUGAUCAAGGGUUUGUUAUGACGGACAUCAGUUCCGAAAACAUUCAACUAAAUCUGGAGGACAUCGAAAAGGUCGAAAUUUUGUCAGUUAUUCCAGGAGAAGGAAGUAUUUGCACUAAUAAGUUGGAUAAUGAUAAGAGUUCAAAUGAACAAAAAGAAACUGAGCCUGCUGAUGUAAAUACAAAGAGAACACAGAGUUUAAACCUAGAAGAUGGUAAAGAAGCGGGCAAACCUAAAUGCAAGAAGGCAAAAUUGAUACGACUAGAGAAGAAGAAACAGAAACAAAGCGCUGCAUCAAAUGUAAACGUAAAAACAAAAGGCAAUCAGGAAAAAUCCCUUGAAGAUUUUAUUAUAUAUGAAAAUCCUACAUUACAGUUGGAGCUGAGGCUAGUCUGUUUAGAACCCGAAAGUAAACAGUUUGAAGAUACGUUCGAGGAGAGUUUCGCAGUAUAUCAAAAAUAUCAAACAACCAUUCACAAAGAUACACCGAGCCAGUGCAAUAAGAAACAGUUCAGAAGAUUUUUAGUCACCAGCCCUUUAAAAAGGGAGAUGAGUGUAAAAGGCCUCCCGUGUGGAUAUGGCUCUUUUCAUCAACAGUAUUGUCUCAAUGGAAAAAUAAUUGCAGUAGGCGUAAUAGAUGUAUUGCCGACAUGUAUUUCAUCAGUUUAUUUUUUCUAUGACCCCGAUUAUUCAUUUCUUUCGCUAGGGACGUACAGCUCUUUAAGAGAAAUUGCUUAUGUGAGAAGCCUUAAUAAAACUUUUCCGCAGAUGAAAUACUAUUAUAUGGGUUUCUAUAUUCAUAAUUGCCCAAAAAUGUGUUACAAAGCUCGCCUUUCUCCGUCUUUUCUGCUCUGCCCUGAAAGUUAUACAUGGCACCCAGUGGACGAAGCUAAAAAAAAGCUCGACAUGAAUAAAUAUUCAAGGUUGGGAGGGACCGAAGAAGAAGAUAAAAACUGUUUUAAAUCAAUUCACGAUGUAUUGAUCUUCUGCGGCAUGGGCAUGACCUAUGAAUAUUACAAGAGCAAAACUGGAAUUAACAAAGAUAGAGAAAUCGAAGAGUACGGUCAACUCGUUGGAUCAAAAUGCGCAAAGAGAAUGCUUCUUUAUCAAUCUUCGGAGAGUGAUUAAGUGUCUUAAGUUUGAAGAAAUAAACCGAAACAAUUUGAGAAUUCAGCAUUCAUUAUCUGAAAUCUCUUUUACUUUUAUUUGCAGUAUUAAUUAGCUUCAAAAUAAUCGUCUUAUUUAAAAAAGAAUUUGAAGAUAAAAUACGGAGUUAACAUCUUUCAAAAACUUUGUACAAAUCAGGCAGGCUCGCCAGUU